AUGGAAGUGGUCGCUGCUGGAGAACAGCCCAUACAGGCCGACCUCGUCUUUGUCCAUGGUUUGCGUGGCGACAGGAUCAAGACGUGGGAGGCUGAUAAGGUCGUUUGGCCUCGAGAUCUUUUGCCAGUAGAGCUUCCAAAUGUUCGGGUUAUGUCUUACGGCUAUGAUGCUUGUAUGAGCGUUGUUCGUUAUAAUGUUGCUGAAAUCAAGCUUUGGGCAGCCAAUGUCAUGAAUUUCUUCAGCAACGCAAGUCAGAGUAGCAUUUUCCAGCAUUCGAUAAAUCUACUUGAGGACCUUCAGAGAAAGCGGCGGAUGACCGAAGAGGUGAGUCAAAGAGUUCUGUGGCUUCUGCUCCGCAGGAAUACGAGUGACAACGGCUUUCAGCGAGACCGCCCCAUUAUAUUUGUUGGCCAUAGUUUGGGCGGUCUCGUCAUCAAGGACGCGCUUAUCAAAUCCAAUAAAAAUCGAGCCAACGGACGAAAUCCACGUACUGCGGCCAUAUCUGGCAAGACGUACGGCAUCGUAUUCUUAGGGACGCCACACCGAGGUGGUAAUCACACAGCUUGGGCAAAAAUUGCUACGAACCUUGCAACCAUGGUUCUCAAAGAUCACAAUACCAAAAUCAUCGAUGCUCUCACUAGAGGUUCCGAAAUCCUCGAACGUCUUCAAGACUCGUUUUGUGGCAUUGUAGGUCGAAUCCAGAUAUUUUCGUUCUUUGAGGACAUAGCGUUUGGUGCAUCUGGCAAGAUAGUUGAUGACGACUCUGCCUCGCUUGGCCUUGCAUGCGAACGUAAACAAUGGAUUCCCGCGAAUCAUUCGGAGAUGUGCAAAUUCAAGAGUGCAAGUGAGCUUGGGUAUGAGAGGGUCGCUGGUGGAAUCGCCGAGCUGAUUGAAGAUGCUAUGGAGACUAGAGCCCGUGGGGAUGGGCUCUAUCGACUAAUACCCGUAUGGGCAAAACCAGAAGCAUUAGGGUUUCAAGGGGACGCUAGAUCUCGCAAGGGAGAGACCUUCGACGAUGGUGCUCUUGCAGAAACAGAUGGAUCCAUGCACAAGAUUUUACGCAGAUCAAAUCGUUCUCCUGUACAUGAGGGUGACCUGCCUGACACAUCGCGGCUUGCAAUUGAGGCAGUCGAAGAUCCGUUUCGUCGUACGAAUUCGCGAACCACACGAGAAAGGCUCGUGAUCCUAUCGCAGUCGACCUCCAAUUUCAAUAAUCGUAAAGUAGGUCGAACCAUUGUGCCUAUUGACGAUGAGUACCUGUCUAAGCUUACACCCACGGACUUAUCUAACUUAACACACUCGAAACUUGCUGUUGGCAAGGAAGCUUCAGAAGACAGUCAAAGAUACAGUAAAUCUGCGAGUCUUGAAGUGAAAUUGAGCUGGGCAUGCAAAGAAGGAGAUCUAGGUCUAGUGCGCUACCUCAUCGCUCAAGGAGUCGCCAUUGACACUGGAAGUCAAUAUAGUCUACUUGUGCUGAUGAGCGAAUUAGAUUACCAAUUCGACGAAUACAAAUUGCUGAGAAUUGUUGCCCUUUGGGUAAGUAGGGGAGCUGAUGUCAAUGCAUCAGAUUUGAAAGAGGUGACACUCCUAAUGCACGCAACGUCCAAGAAUUGCCGAGCAGUUGUCAAUUACCUUUUACAGGCUGGUGCCGAUAUAGACCGUAAAGACGCGGAUAAGUAUACAGCCCUAAUGUACGCUGCGUACCUUGGCUAUGAGUGGCUAACGGCAGACUUAUGUCGUGCCCACGCGAAGACAGACAUUGCAAAUGAGGAUGGACAGACCGCUCUACAUCUAGCUUCUGGACUUUCUCAGGCAGACACUGUCAGGGUGCUGCUCACUCAUGGGGCCGAUUACAAAAUCAGAUCCAAAACUGGACGUACGGCAUUGAUGUAUGCUUUGAGAUCGAGGGAUCCACCGGGCGAGAACAGAGAUCGGACGUUGACAUAUCUAUUGAAGCCAGAAUACAAAGAAACUUUCGAUUUGACUGACUCCGAUGGAGCAUCAGCUUUGAUUUAUGCCACGAAAACUGACAACUUGAGGGGGAUGAAGUUGCUACUCGAUCAUGGUGUGGACCCUGAUGGAAGUGAUGCAAAGAGUGCUAGUCCGCUCCUAAUCGCCGCGAGAAGGUCACUUGAUUCCGUGCGCCUACUCCUCGAAGCUGGCAUGGAUGUUAAUAAGCAGUAUUACGGGCACGGAACAACAGCUUUGAUGGCUUCUUCGCAAGUGGGACUGGUCGAUGUUGUACGCGAGCUGCUGCGACAUGGUGCUGAUACAACACUAAAGGAUCACGAUGGCUAUACGGCUAUUCAAUAUGCGGGAGUGUUUCAUCAUGACGAAGUUGUGCAAAUCCUUGAAAAGUCUAAGCCUCCUGACAUUGACUCUGCAAAAAAAUCGAAAGCGUCCUUACUGAGACCAGAGCUUCUAAAAGGUGAAAGCGCUCUGAAUUCCAUUGAAAAACAGCGACCGGCUAGCCACCAGCUUCCAGCAAAUUCUCAACGACGAAAGCCAACGCUCCUUCACCAAUUCUUCUGGCCACAACGGCCAAGGGCAGAAAACUCGUAA